AUGUAUGUGAUUGCCUCUCCUGUUGUAAGUGGAAAGGGGACAAUGUGUAUUUUCAGAGUUGUUGUCAAGACUGAUGACAAUUUCGGAAGGAAAUGGCUAGUUCCACUGGUUCCUGGAUCCCCAGCUGCCUCGUCACCCUCGUCUUUCUCCAGCUAUCUGCACAAGUGUCAGGGGAUGCCGGCAGGUUCCAUAUGGCCCCGCUAGGGGGCACCGCCGAGCUGCUCUGCCCUCUCUCGCUCUGGCCGGUGACCGUGCCCGAGGAGGUGAGGUGGCAGCGGCCCUCACACCUGCAGCGCUCCCACGCUGUCCACGUGUUCCGGGAUGGGACCGACAGGGAUGAGGAUCUGAUGCCGCAAUAUAAGGGCAGGACGGCGAUGGUGAGAGAUGUCCAAGAGGGAAGUGUCGCUCUGCAGAUCCGCAAUGUGAGCCUUGAGGAUCGAGGGCCCUACCAAUGUCAGAUUCGGAUCGGAAACCUGAGUCGAGAGGGCGCCGUGACCCUGCAGGUUGCAGUUCUAGGCUCUGAUCCUUACAUCCACGUGAAGGGCUAUGAUGCUGGGUGGAUCCAACUGGUGUGCCGCUCAAUGGGAUGGUUCCCACAGCCUUGGAUACAGUGGAGAGACCCUAAGGGCAAGGUGCUUCUAUCCCUGUCAGAGGCCCACUCUCUGGAUGAAACUGGGCUCUUCCAAACAGCAGUAUCCAGCAGAGUCAGGGACAGCACUUUGGGGAAUGUGUCCUGUACUGUCCGCAAUGAGGUCCUUGGUCAAGAGAAGACCACAGCAAUGGUCAUAGCAGCCCCAUCUCCUGGAAGGUUCUCCCUCUCAGCAGUGGUUCUGGCUGUGGUCCUGCCUGUCCUAGGGCUUCUCAUCAUAGCAGGCAUUUGUCUCAUCUGGAAGCAAAGAAGAUCAAAAGAGAAGCUUCUCUAUGAACAGGCAAUGGAGGUGGAAAAUCUUCUGGAAGACCAUGCAAAAGAAAAGGGAAGACUCCAUAAAGCCCUCAAGAAACUCCGGAGUGAACUGAAACUGAAAAGAGCUGCAGCCAAUUCAGGCUGGAGAAGAGCCCGGCUACAUUUUG